GGCGCGCCCGAGCAGGGGGUGGCGGGCGGCUGCGGGCCGUCCUGCGGCCCUGUGCCUGCCCUCGGCGCCCCCCUCUGCCCGCCGCCCCCCCACGGCUCGGGCACCGCCCCCGCGAGCUCGGCGCAGGCGUCGGCCGCGGAGCCGGCGGGACAGGAGGGUCGGCGCGGGGCGCGGGCGGCGUUCCCAGCGGCGGAGCGGAGCGGAGCAGAGCGGGGGGCUGCGCGGCCGCCACCUCCUCUCAUGCCUUCGCGGCAACAAAGAGCGCGCUGAGCGGCGGGCUACUGAAGCGCAGAGGGCACCGGGGGACGAUGGCGAGGAAGGGAGAAGCCUCCGCGCCUCCCUACGGUGAACCAAGGAAAUUUGACCCAAAGUUCAGAGGACCUAUUCAUAACAGGCAUUGCACAGAUGUUAUUUGCUGUGUAAUCUUCAUAGUUGUCAUUCUGGGUUACAUUGCAUUAGGAAUUGUAGCUUGGGUACAUGGCGAUCCCAGGAAAGUGAUUUAUCCAACUGACAGCUAUGGGCAGUUCUGUGGUCAGAAGGACACCUUCAAUGAGAACAAGACCAUUUUGUUUUACUUUAACAUUCUGAAAUGUGCCAGUCCUGUAGUGUUAAUUAACCUGCAGUGCCCUACAACACAGCUUUGUGUCUCAAAGUGCCCAGACAGGUUUGCAACCUACAUUGAUGUUCAGGCUUCCUACAGAUAUAGGCCAGAUCAGUGGAACUACUUCAAGCAGUACUGCAAACCUGGUUUUAACAAUCCUCGCAAGUCUGUUGCUCAAGUCCUACGUGAUGAAGAUUGUCCUUCGAUGAUCAUUCCAAGCAGGCCUUUUCUGAAGAGAUGCUUCCCAGACUUCUCCACAAAGAAUGGUGUCCUAACUGUGGCAAACCAGACUACGUUCAAAGAUGGAAGAGGGAAAACAAGAAAUGUAACUGAUCUCAGGGAAGCUGCAAACGGUAUCAACAAUGUCCUGGAUGCAAGAUCUGUUGGAGUGAAAAUUUUUGAAGACUAUGCCAUUUCUUGGUAUUGGAUAUUAAUUGGGCUGUUCAUUGCAAUGAUUGUGAGCCUGCUCUUCCUUGUGCUGUUGAGGUUCACAGCUGGGGUUCUCUUUUGGAUUUUCAUCUUUGGUGUGAUUGGAAUUAUAGGCUAUGGCACCUGGCAUUGUUACUGGGAGUAUGAUCAUCUCAAAGGAAUACCUGGAUCUGACCUCACUGUUUACGAUAUUGGAUUCCAGACAGACUUCCGAGUGUACCUACAACUGAGGCAAACAUGGCUAGCAUUUAUGAUAAUACUUUGUGUUGUUGAAAUCAUAAUCAUAUUGAUGCUGAUCUUCCUAAGAAAUAGGAUCCGGAUUGCUAUUGCUCUGUUGAAGGAAGGUAGUAGGGCUAUUGGCUAUAUAAUGUCUACAUUGUUCUACCCAAUUGUCACCUUCGUACUCAUUGCAAUUUGCAUUUCCUACUGGGCUGUGACAGCUGUUUUUCUAGCUACAUCAGGAGAACCUGUGUAUAAAGUAAUGGCUAAUCAAACACUGUGCAAGUAUGCAAACCUGACUUGUGACCCGGAGACAUUUAACACAACCAAUGUAACGAAAUUAUGCCCGGGUGCUCAGUGUACAUUUGCUUUUUAUGGAGGAGAAAGCCUGUACCACAAGUACAUCUUCAUCUUUCAGUUAGCCAAUGCCUUUGUCUUUCUCUGGCUGGUAAACUUUGCAAUUGCACUGGGUCAGUGUACCCUUGCUGGUGCCUUUGCCUCUUACUACUGGGCUUCUCGAAAACCAGCUGAUAUUCCACUGUGGCCACUCUUCUCUUCGUUUGGACGGGCAAUACGAUACCAUACUGGUUCACUGGCAUUUGGAGCCUUAAUUCUUGCAAUUGUCCAGCUGAUCAGAGUAAUACUGGAGUACUUGGAUCACAAACUGAAAGGUACACAGAACUCCUUCACUAGAUUUCUACUCUGCUGCCUCAAAUGCUGUUUCUGGUGUUUGGAAAAAUUCUUAAAAUUUAUAAACAGAAAUGCCUACAUCAUGAUUGCCAUAUAUGGUAAAAACUUCUGCACCUCGGCGAAGGAGGCAUUCUUUCUGCUCAUGAGAAAUGUGGUGAGAGUUGCAGUUCUGGACAAAGUUACAGACUUUCUUUUGUUCCUGGGGAAAAUUCUGGUAGCUGGUGGUGUAGGUGUUCUUGCGUUCUUCUUCUUCACACAGAGAAUACCAGUCUUUGCCCAGGAAGCACCAGCACUAAAUUACUACUGGGUACCAUUGUUGACUGUCAUUAUUGGCUCCUACCUAGUGGCACACGGGUUCUUCAGUGUCUAUGCAAUGUGUGUUGAUACACUUUUCCUCUGCUUUUGUGAAGACCUGGAAAGAAAUGAUGGAUCUACAGCAAAACCCUACUUCAUGUCAGCUAGCCUUCAUCGAAUUCUAGGGAAGAAGGAGCUAAGCCCUAAGAAGGCAGUAGGAUAACAUGCAAUAAACCUCAACAUCAAAACAGUGUCACUUUUAAGCAAAACGUGUAUAAAUUAGGCACAAGUAAAUACUGUAAAUGAUGCUUCUGGUUAAUGGGUGAUUCUUAUUUCCUUUUGCUUAAAUCUUUUAAAAAAUCAGCAACAUUGAUAAUGUUUUACUAGUUUAAAAGCUUAAGCUAACAGCUGUGAAACAAGGCCACAUUUUAGUCUAUAGAGUGCCUAUGGAAAGAAAAAUGUAAAUUUGAAGCUUUUGUAAGUCUAUAAUAAUGUUUUAAUAACUUUUGUAAUACAAGUUGCUGCCUUAGAUGACAGCAGUUUUGAUAACAUUUCUUUUUAUAAAUGUAUAUUUGUAAAAGAUAUUCAGGCAAUUUUUUGAAAGCACUACGUGUAACCUAAUUAGCCAUAAAAAGAUAGUUUGGGAGUCUCUAGUUAACCAGAGAUGCUACUAAAUUUGUAAAUAUGGUGCUAUGAUUGUAUUUUUUGUACAUGCUGGUUGUCAGCUAUUUAAACUGUGAUUAUACAUGCAUUAAUGAUUCCCUACACUGAAAAUGUAAUAACAUUUUAAUCACGUUGGCAACUGUGUGUUCGAAGAAAUGAUGGUACCCUGUAGUCCUGAGGAAGGCAAUCAGAAAAGACUGCUCUGUCUUCUGUUGGUACUGCUUAAAGUGAAGUUUUCUUUGAGUUGUGCUUAAAAGACGAUAUAAUUGAGACAGGAUCCUAUGGUGCUUAAAAAAGUGAUUUGUGGUUCGCGCAAACGAAGUUUUGUCUGGUCCAAGGUGGCAAAUAUAUAUCACUUUCUGGCUGAUGCGUAAAAGGCAGAUGCUUGUGUUAAUGUCCUGUCUUUAAUGAGUCUCUGUGUUCUGCAUUAUGAGGAAGUGGAGCUGUGCUGAAAGGAAAAGAAAAUGCAGUAUUUUGUUUUCCUUGGAAGAAAAUCUUGGCUGUAUAUGUACACAAAGAUCUCCAUUGUGCCUGCUUAGUUCAGAAAGGCCUCUGCGUGGGUACCACAAUGGCCGUGUGGGUUCUGAGAGCCCAGGAGUGUUCUGUCUACUGUUCUCUGGUCUCUCAGAGGCUUAUGCAGUAAGAUACAAAGAUAAGACAUUGAACUCCAGUCUCCUCAUGAUGGAGCAUUAAUUAACUACUGAAAGAAGCUCCAGAAGAUUUGGUGUCCUCUUUGAUUAUUAAGAUUAUUGGGUCUUAGAAAAAAACAUAUAUAUUGAUAAAAAGUAUAUUAACAUUCUGUUCAGGUUUAUGAGCCUCCCUUUAGUGGAACUGGGGUCAGUUAAAGCUCUGCUCAUAGAAAAUAUCUCAUACUCUAGCUACAGAGUACAUUCCAAGUUUGUUACUGCCAUGAGCUGAACUAAAAAGGUUUUAAUGCAUUAGUCUCGUAACUGCCCAAGGACCCAGCUACACUGAGGCAUGCCCCUGGUUUCCAUGGAUUCCACAGUACUAAAUAGGGGUAUUCCCUUACCCGCUCUCCAGAGCUGGCAUGUGACAUAGCUCUUCUAAAUCCAUGGCAAGAGUUCAGCUGCUGGAAAUACUUUUCUAGCUGCAAAGAGCCUCUUGCUAUCACAAAGAGGCAAAUUCUUUUCCGAAUGAUCUGAAUUCUAAUUUCUGGGGAAAAUUUACUGACAAUACGUAUUCCAAAGUGAUUUUUGCUCCUGACUUAUGGCUUCGGCUUGUGAUCGUUUGAAUCACAGCAAUGUCUUUCUGUGACUGUCUUUUGUGCAAUAGAUCUGGGGUUAAGUUAACACACGAGUGUUACCACCCAUCUGCUUUAAGUCUUGGGCGUGACAGGAUCGUGAAGUCCUGUGGAUAGAGGUACAAGUGGCAGGAUGCUUCUAUGAGUUCUCUGAUCCAGCAGGCACCAUAGCUCUUCCCCCGAAGCAUAAACGAGUGGUUCAGUUUUGGACUUAAAUAAUUUAAAAUAAUGGCGUACUGUCUCCAGCUGAACUAGUGACUGUGGGCACCUUCAGUUUUUGAGAACCUCACUUGAGAUAUUAUAAACUUGACUUACAGAAAGGGCUGAGAAACAUAGCUUCUGAAAACUGACUUAUGGUUUUUGUCUUCAUCAUCUUUCCUUUCUCAUCAUGUGUGGCAAUGAAUAUUGAAACCCCCUAUUACUCUGAUGUCAUCUGAGAAUUAAGCCACUAAUAUUGUACGCAUAUGUCACCGUUACUAGAAAACUCACUUGUCUGUGGUUACGGUCCGUGCUCUGGUUAUUAUCAUCUUUUAACUACCAUGUAAAUUAGUUUGCAGCUAAAGAAACUGCAUUAAGUAAUCUAUAUUUCGCUACUGGACCCCAGCAUCUUUCUGGGAUCUCAACUGAAAAAGCUUAUUUCUGAAUACAGUGUGCUUUUUUUAUCAUAUGAAUGUAACCAUAGAGUUUAUUAGGAACAAAAUGUAACAGAGUAGUAUACAGUUAUUUGAUUAGAGGACUUUUGUAACAAACCUAUGCAUUUACUAAAGGAAUUUCUAAAAGUGAAAGUUUUAAAUUGCAUUAUUAUUUAUAUACAGUAAAUAUAUAAAAAUGUGUAUAAAUCACUCCACUCACUAUUUUGUGAAAAUAAAUUAUUUAGAAUGUAAGUGAUCAUCAUUUCUGAGAAGAAAAUUUAAAAGCCAUUUUCUUUACAAUAUAACUAAGAGAACUGUGAAAAGACAAAGCAAUACCAUAUGAAUUUUGUGAUCAGUGAAGUGAAUAAAUUAAUAAGCAUUUAAUAGUAAAAUUGGCUUAAAAAAACUACUAUUAAUGAAAUAAGUAGACAUUAUUGCAAGUAUUUACUUGGAAAAAAUUCACUUUAAAGUUUUAAGGCUUAUGAUAAUGGUCCCUGACUAGUCCUGUGGACCAGCGUCCGAAGAUUUAUACCACAGGGACUAGUGGCAACAUCUGUGGAUUUGGACAUCUACCUUGUUGCUUGGUUUAGUAUAACAUUUAAAGUGCCAUUCUUUGCUUUAGAGUGGAAUGUGCGGUUCAGUGUAACACAGUAAAAUGUUACAUUUUCUUUGAUCCGAAGCCAAGAGGAGUCGGUGAUAAAAUUUCCACUAUUUCCAUGGAGCACGGGGCAGCCCUGCGUAGCACCAGCCCACAGGUUGCUCUGCUUCAUCAGUAUGGGACGGACUGGUAGGAACUGGAAGCCCAGGAGCUUGUCAUGGUGCUGUUGUGUGUGAGGGGCUCAGCAGGUGCUGGUGGGAUUUCUGCGGUCCUGCCCAGCCCCGGGCUGUACAUUUCUCUGGCUAGUGGAAGAGCUGGAGAGAAAAGAUGGCUCUGAAGAAAGGCCCUUUUAUGUGCAUAAGGCUUCCGUGGAAGAUCUUGAACAAGCAGAAUGUAGAAACUAAGCGAUACUAAAAAAUAACCAGUAUCGUAUCUGUGCAAUGAUGCUUGCUUUAGCUCUGGUUUAAUUCAGUGUGUCUCCCUUUGAUAUAUUAACGGAUGGCUUUUAUUUGCAUGUCUUAUACCAAAGUUUUAAUGUCAAGCCUUCAAAUUUUGUAAAGAAAACAAAUGAGGAAGCAACCUCCUCCCCACCCACCCAAAAAAAAAAAAGAAAGAAAGAAAAAGAAGAGUGAAAUGAGAUUAUUUUCCUUACUGAGAUUUUUUUCCAAGUAGUAUUCAGCAGUUGGUAAUUGUGAAUUGAGUGCUGUAAGGAUGCUGAGUAGUCCUUAAACAUUCAUAUUUGAACAUAUGAAGUAUUUUGCUAUUGCACAUUCUGCAGUAGGCUGGUAAGAUGAGCUGGCAGGCACAACGUCACGCUUGUCCUGGGAGAUGUCAGUAAGUGUUCUAAGCUGGGUUGUCAUAGAAGUGACUGUAGGAGAAGGCUGUCUUCUGUAAUGUGGAACGUCCCUUCCACCAAUCGCUGGUUGCUCAGCCUGGACACCUGCGUCCUCUGACAAAGUGCCUUACCUGGCUGUUGUUUUACCUGACUUGUAUCUUGAAGUUUAUUCGCAUCACAUCAAUGACACAGCAGAAAAGGCUAGCUAGGAAAAACAAUGCUCUCUUUAUUCAAAAUUAACUGGUACAAGGUUUAAUUGUAGAAAAAAAUGUCAGAUGUAUUUAAAUUGCAUAAUGCAACAUGCACAAUUUCCCUGUUGCUGUUGCCAGAUCAUGAAAGGAUGCUGUUUGGCCCAGGAGAGAACGCGUGACAAUUGUGGUGUUGCAAAUAUUUAAAUAAAAAUGAUGUAAGAGCGUUCAAUUUUUAGUAGUAGACUUUUUUUUAUACCUUUGAUUUAUGGGAGAGUGGACUUCCAAGUGUGGCCAGUUCUGCUUUCCGUUACGGUGUCCGCAUGCAUUGUACCUGUAUGACUGCAGGGAGAACUGGGCCACUGCUACUUAAAAUAAAAACAGCUAGGAAAUGAAUAUGGUUCUACUGCAAUGUGUAUGUUUGUUGCUCACGAGCAUAAAGUUCAUUCUCCAUUUUAAGACUGAUAGUUUGCUAUUCUGGAAGUGUUUUAUAAAUUAUUCUAAAUUUUUUAUCUUUUGAUACAGGUGAUGAUUUUUGAGGUAAUAAGUAAUUUGUACUGCGCUGUAAUCAAAUUAGAAAUAAAACUGUUUCUUCAUGUUUAAUUAAUACUAAUAGUACUAAUAUUACAAUUGUCUGUUACGUUAUAUUACAGAAAGCCUGCGGGCGUUUGUCCCACAUAACGAGGUGUAAAAUCGCAGAAAGGCUCUCUGAGGUUUAAGAAAUGGAAAUUGUCUGUUUCAAUAGUUAAUGUGAUUGUUGAAGGUAUAUUAUUAUCGUGCCAAAACCAAAUUAACAUGAGCACAUGGCAGUUUGAGCUCUAAAACCUGUUUGCUUCUGCUAUGCAGAAAUAGGAACGUAUUGUUUAAGUACCUUUGGUAACUAAAGCGUUUAAUAUUUAAUUUUGUUGUUGCCCACUGUUUUACAGCUCUUGGGGAUUGUUCUAAUAAAGAUUUGGAUACAAAGCAGA